AUGUGUAACGCAACGUGUGGAAGGUCAGGACCAUCUUCAAUUAGCACAAACCACGAGCUUGCUCCGGCCAUGUUUUACCACCUCCUGCCUUGCCAUCCGAAGAUGAGUAGUGGUGACAAAGCGCAAGUUGAUAGCAUGAAGCAGUUUGGAAUACCAACGUCGAAGACAAUGGCUUACAUGGCUGGUCAAUCUGGAGGGUAUGGAAUGUUGCAAUUUACAAAGGGUGAUUUGUAUAAUUACGUACAUGAGCAAAGACUUGCCCGAGUCAAUGAUGGCGAUGCUGCUGCAACGAUCAGUUACUUGGAGGGCAAGGCCAAUCCCAACAUGAUGACGGUCGCACGUUACAUCCGAACUGCCGAUAAUCGACUGGGGAGCCUUUUCUGGGCCGAUGGUGAGAUGAUGUCAGAUUAUAAGAUAUUUGGUGAUGUUCUGGCUUUUGAUUCGACGUAUCGGUCUAAUAAGUACAAGAAACCGCUUGUAGUGUUCUCCGGGUCAAAUCACCACAAACAACCAACCAUUUUUGGAUGA